GGUUGCUGAAACUGAAGUUUUGAACUUGAGUAUUGUUGACCCCCGGAUCGAUCUUCGUCUCUUCUCACCGCAUACGUAUUCUAACCAUUCCAUAUACCACACCACAGCCUUCAUGCCGAGACAGGAAGUGGAGGAGGCUCGGGCGGUGCGGCGGUAUGCCUGCCUCUCACACAGCAACCAUGACUUGGAUGACCAACGAUGCUAACGACUCCUCGGAUGAUUCUCUGAUCCUUGUCGUACAUAUCUAUGAUGCAUUGUCUUUCCUUGGAUUUUUGCUCCUCCUUGCAGUACUGCUCCCGGCGGCUCUUUCCAAGCAAAUAAAGCGCAGGCGAACAUGGUACAGUCUGAUAAUAUCUUGGAUGGUUUUCGCGUUCUCGUACCUAUGCCUCGUGAACGACCAUUUCGGCGACGAACCCCAUUUUGGAACGUGUCUUUUCCAAACAUUAUUGGUGUAUUCAGCGCCUCCGCUAGUUGCAAGCACGGGGUUCCAUUUCAUUCUAGAUAUAUACUUGGAACUUCGCAAUACAACCAUUGGUGGAUCCAACGUCUCCGUAGUCUGUCGUGAUAUGAUGGUCUUAACGCCUUGGGUUCUCUGGGUCUUGAUGAUCAUGACAACAGCAUUUCUGAUCAAGGAUCCCACUCAAAUAUCCCGGGAAUCAUCUCACAUGUACUGUCACAGCAACACCGUAGCACAACUUGUAGUUACGCUAUGUGUAACGUUCCCCUUGGCUGCCUCCUGCGUUCUCUUCGAAGGGCUAAUGGGUCAUCUACUGUAUCGCAAUUGGACUGUCUUCCGGCGGUACUGCGUCGAUAAAGCCAGCGACAGCCGUAGCGGACGGGUAUCCCUCUCGAUGAUCAUUCGCCUCGUUUGCUUCACGAUGGUCCCACUAGCCGCGCUCGGCCUGGCAUCACUCGUAGCCGCACACCAGACGGAGUCUAACGCCACUUGGAAUAUCCUCCUGGCAUCAUUGCCAAUUUUAGCUGCCUUGUCGUUUGGCACGCAAAAGGAUAUCGUCCGAGCAUGGAUGUUCUGCUUGCCUUCUCGUGGUGAUGCGCCGGGAAAAGAUGACGAGUCUCUGUCCCAUAAGCAGCUUUCUUCCUCCAUCCCUAAUCCGCUACCUUCGCCAAGUCUCGGAGAGGGAUGGUCGAGUCGGCAGUCAAACGUUUCCAAGUACUCUUUGCCUACCUAUCAACACCAAAGCUUGUUGUCUAUCGAAUCCGUGCAAUCCCGCUGAAUGUUCUAGCGCUCACAUUUCGUGGACAGAGAUUUAUAUUGACUUGGAAUAUUUGCAUAAUAUUGAAGUUUUACAUACAGCAAGUGACGGUAUAUUUCAUUCUGGUAGACAGGACUAUAUCUAUACAUUCAUUACAUACGGUGCAGAUC